AUGGUGGUGUGCACAAAUAACCAAACGGCCGAAUGGGUCCGUAAAAAUGCGGCAACUAUUGCAACAAAGGCUAAACUAAGCGCCAAAGUGGUUGAAGAGUCGGAGUUCCCAAAAACACACCUGGUGCGAGGAUACUUUCCGCACAGUUGCGAUUUUGAAAACACCAAGGUUCUUGCCACAAUUGAGCGGACUGCAGAAGGUUCACUGCUCCACAUCGUCUUUGAUGUCGACGAUGCAUCCUGGAACUUAUUGGUCCAGAGUGGAGGUAGAAUAGCAUAUCGCUUCAGUCAUGUCAAGCUACUGUUUAAAGCUAACAGUAUGACAAAGGAGGGGCAGCCAGAACAACGGCCUGUGAAACAAAAGAUUCCAAACAAACUCCAGACCACAAGGACGGAGAGACAGAAAGUGGAGCACGUGGUCCCACAAUCAAUACUUACGUCUACUGUGACUCCCAAUGAGGCCCCAACUACUGGUAGAGCCGCCAUUCAAAAAAAGCUUUCGAUGCGGGCACCUGUGGGUGGAGCACUUCUUCUUGGACUUUCAAAUCAAAACAGAUCCUAG